GUUCAAAUCCUAAACGUAUGCCAACAACAAAUUUCAAAUAUUUUCACCUCUUUCUUUUUCUCCAAAUAGCGACAAACUAACUUCCCCAUUUUUAACACACCAAACGACCAAACUAACCAUAAAUAGCAGUCAGCCUCAGGCACGAACAUCAGAGACAUUCGCCCUCCCUCCUCCUCCAUCAUCUUCUUCUUCAUCCGCCAUUUUCUCUCUCGAGACAGAAGAAUGAGAAGCUUCAGCUCAGCCUCUGUACUCUCUUCUUCUUCCUCCUCCUCCUUUCCACUUCUUCUUCUUGCUCUGGUUGCUUCACUUCUCUUCACACCAACCCACCAAUCCUCUGACCUUAAUACAAGCAGUAAUGGCGAUUUCAUAGACCAGAUAUGCAGAAAGACGCCUUUUUAUGACCUCUGUAUCGCCACCCUCCAUUCAAAUCCUCUCACCCGAAAACCUGAUCUCAAAGGGGCUGCUCUUGUAAUGGUGAAUAACCUUCUGGCAAAUACAAGUGACACUCUGAAUUACAUAGAAGGGCUCAUCAAGCAGACUUCAGAUCAACAGUUAGAGCAAGCCUUGGCUUUCUGUGCAGAGUCUUACAUACCUAUCGUCAAGUACACUCUUCCACAAGCAGCCGAUGCUGUGAGCCAAGGCAGAUUUGGGUUUGCCAGUUACUGUAUCUCUGAUGCUGCCAAAGAAAUCAAUAAUUGUGAUAAGAGAUUCUCAGGCUCUGCUCAGAAUAAGUCUCUUCUGGGGGAUAGAAAUGGGGUUCUGCAGAAGCUUGUUGGUGUGGCUUCUGCUAUAAUGAAGUUACUACUCAAGGGUUAAUUUUUCGUUCACCCCGAUCUAGAAGGCAUUACUCUAAUUUGGAUUGUUAUUUAUUGGGUUUGUACAAAACUAUAUAUAUUUGUACUUUGAAGCAGGUAUUCUUCCGUCACUGUCGAGUUUUCUCAUCAUUGUACCAUGUCCUCUGCUUCAGCAUUUUAGUCAUAUAUACAAAGAUUAUUAGCAUUUUGAAUACUAUGUUUCCUUUUAUUUUUGUA